UCGAGCCCUACGUGUCUCGCUGCUGAAACAAGGAAAACGCACUCCAGUCUCUCCUCGCCGUUUACGGGCCCGCCGUAUUCCUCGCCGCCCACGCCGGCACCGCCACCGUCGGAUUUACAAGUCAUCGGUGCGAAUAAAUUACUCGUGCUGGAUAACAUUAUUUGAUAUCUCCUGACAUCUUGGAGAUGUUCAAGAAUAUCUUGAGCAACAAACUGCUGAAACAGAGCUUAGUUUCAAACUACAAGAAACUUUCUUCUUUGUAUUGUUGCAGAACUAGUCUACAUAAUGGAAAGGCCCUCUCCCAUCCCCGCAGCUUCUUCGGCGUCGAAGACUUCGUGGACGACGACAACAGCAGACCUUACACUUACGAGAAGCAGAAAAAACCGAAGAACCUUCACAAGCACGUCUCAUUCAAGCAGCGAACGAUUGCUUACAUGGAACCCUUCACCCUGGACGUGUUCAUCUCGAAGCGAUUCGUGUCCGCCUCGCUCACCCACAGAGUCACGAGCAAGCAGGUUGCGGUUGCGGGGACGAACUCCAAGGACAUCAAAGCGGUUCUGAAGUCGAGAUCGGACAUUCCGGCUUGCCUGGCCGUCGGGAGGAUCCUGGCGGAGGGGGCGAGGGAAGCUGAUGUGUAUACCGCGAGUUACACGCCCAGGGAACGGGAUAGGUUUGAGGGGAAGAUUAGGGCCGUUGUUCAGUCUUUGAUUGAUAAUGGCAUAGAUGUUAAAGUUUAUUUAGAUAGAUGAUGUUAGAAAAAAAUAUUACAUCAGGACUCUUAACGUAGAGCUACGUUCGGAGUCUACUGAUACGCGACGCGAUUUCCUGUGAUCCAUUCCUCCUGUGUUAUUUCACGUUUUUCAGGUGUUAUUGUGUUAUUAUAAUACCGGGAAUAUUCCCAGAACACAAUAACACAUGAAUAUCACAACAAUAACACUUGAAUAAUGCGAAAUAACAGGGGGAAAUAUUUUUCUGCGCUAACGCAAUUUUUUUAAAAAAUUUUUUCUGUCAUCUCCACGUGACGUCAUUUCAUUAAACUCAGAAUGUAGCUCUACAUUAGGAGUCAUGAUGUAAUAUUUUUCCAUGAUGUCAAUUGUGAUUACGAAGAUAUUGGUUUUUUUUUUUUUUUA